AUGGCCGACCUAGAAGAAGCCUUCCGACAAGCUAUUGAUGCUACACCUGAUGAUCAUCCAAACCGAGCGAUGUAUUUGAAUAAUCUUGGAGCCUAUCUUGGCAAUCGAUACUUUCGUACUGGAGCCAUGGCUGAUCUAGAAGAAGCCAUCCAAGUAGGACGACGAGCUGUUGAUGCGACACCAGAAAAUCAACUAGAUCGAGCAGGACGAUUAAGUAAUCUUGGUGCCUUCCUUAGUAAGCGGUAUUCCCGCACUAGCGCCAUGGCCGACUUGGAAGAAUCCAUCCAAGUGGCACGACAGGCCGUUGAAGCUACACCAGACAAUCAUCCAGAUCGGGUAGCACGGUUAAGUAAUCUUGGAGCCUUUCUUGGUGAGCGAUAUUCUCACGCUGGAGUCAUGGCCGACUUGGAAGAAACGGUGGAGGGGUCAUUGCGGUUGAAGCCUAGGCCGCUGUCCCCCAAGCUCGGGGGAAGAAGGAGAGACAAACAAGGCCUCGAUAUAACUCAGAAAUUUAUCGGCGUAUCUGUCUGCGCGAUCACGAGGAAUGGCGCCUUUGAUGACUGCGUACCCGGACUCGGACUUCCUCCGAACAACCCCUCGGCCGCUAAACCUCCGAAAAGCCCUAACUCAAGCCCCAACGAGAGGACCGAGCAGCUCCCGAAGUGGGCACAUCUACAUACUGUGAGCAUGAUCAUGGUCAUGAUACUCAACUACCCAGAAAUAGUGCCCGACAUUAACUUCGUAUUGUGAAGACAAGUAG